AUGACGUGUAAAAGGCGUGGUGGUGUAUACUCGUGGUGCGCAUCUUGGUCGAUUCGGCUGACAGACCAACGGACAGCCUCGAUUGCAGACUUAUCCGCGACCUCACCCCACUUCCACUUCACCGCAAGCCAUCUUCCCGCCACAUGCUCAAAAGCAAGCGACUUCCCACUCCCAUCCACCCACACGCGCACGGCCGCAGGCAGUAGAAGCAGCAGGAUGUGGUCGGCAGCAGCGGCGGCGGCGCGCGCGGUGUCCGUGCCCGUGUCUCCGGUCCCGGCGCCCUCGCUCCUCAGCGGCCGGCGCGGCGGGCCGCGGGGCGGCCGUGGCGCGGUGUCCGUGCGCAGCUCGUUGCUGGACUUCGUGGGCGGGGACCUGGUGCGGCCGGACCUGGGCAAGUGGCUGGACGACGUGGAGAAGCACAAGGCGCUGGCCAUCUACCCGCCGCACGAGGGCGGCUACGAGGGCCGCUACCUCAACCGCCUCCGCUACCAGGGCUACUACUUCCUCGACCUCUCCGCGCGGGGCCUCGGCGAUCCGGAGACCACGCUCACCAAGAUCCACCCCGUCUGCCCGCCUAGCCUCGGCAGGCAGCCGGUGGCGCGGUGGUACUUCCCGCCGGAGGUGGACUACAGGCUCAGCCUGCUGCACCCAGACGCCAAAGGCCUCGUCGUCUGGAUCCACGAAGCCAAGGUUCUGUCCAAGGCUGAGCUGCAGUUCCUGGCCAUGCUCCCAGACAUCCGUCCCAAAGUCAGGGUGCUCGCAGAAGUCGGCAACUGGAGAAGUUUUGUUUGGAAGCCACUGAAGCAAAUUGCAGGCCUUGAGCAGAACCCGGACGCGGAAGAAUGAUCAAGCGACAUGUCUGGGGCAACUACAGCUACACUCAAAUUGCUUCUGGGAUCGACAUCUCUCCCUGCCAUUCUUGCAGCUUUGCACUGAAUGAGAGAGGCAAUUAAUAAAGAUGUGCAUACAUUUUGGCACAAAUUUCAGAAAGAGAACCAUUGCAAACCAUGUAAAAAAUUUCCACAUAUGUGAAUUCAUUCAAGUACAGAUCACGGUCGCA